GGGAGAUGCGAUGGCGAGGGGAGAGAGAGACGUGCAUGAGGGGUCGAUAGUGGCCGAUCGCGCGGCUUCCACAUCUUCUCCCGCCGGGUCAGCUUCUAUGCUGCGUUUCCUGUUUUUCUGCUUUAGUCGGCAUUGUGCCAGGCCGGGGAUGCAGGAGGAGUGUCGUAGCAUGACAUGGCUGGGAAAAUGCGAUGAGUCUGUCCCGUUCGUGCCGUGGUCGCCUCCUGACAGAUUCCCGCACCGCACAUAAGUACGGUGGGUUCUCUCUCUGUUUCUCCUGUCGCUUGGUUUUGGAAAUGGGGAAGCUUACAUCUGUCUCUCAUCUGUCUCUAUCAGCUUAACUUUUGCGGUUUUGCUCAUUGCUUUUUUGUCCUAUUGCUUCAUCUCUGAGACGACGGCUACGAGACAGGAUGGUCUACUCACUUGCGUAUCGACGCCCGGCGUAUGUGGAGCCUGAGAUCUAUGCAUCGAGGCAGCCGGGGAGUGAGACGGAGGGUAAGGAGGAGUCUGUUCGAUCGGGAAGGUCUGGAAAGAAUGCAGGAAUUCCGGCGGCAUUGGCUUUUGAUAAAAUUGUCGAGGGAGGGACCUGUGCUCCAUGCACGCUCCGCGAUUUCAUGGACUACAUGCUCUACGUCGAGCACUCGGCUGAGAAUCUGAAAUUCUACCUCUGGCUGAACGACUACACCGAGCGCUUCAACAACCUCACCGAAUCCUCCAAAAUGCUCUCUCCACAAUACAUCUACGUCUCCCCCGAGCGCAACUCCCCAGUCACCAUGCCCCUCCCCGCUGUCCCCAAACGCCAAAGCUUUGCCAACGAAGUCUUCAAAGGCACCGUCUUCGACAACGACCCCUUCCGCACCCCCCGCUCCUCAGACUCAGACCUCACCGACCGCCCCGCCGGCUUCUCCCUCCCUUGGUCCAACGUCCGCAUCCCCGGCAGAAAAUCCCCCUCGCCCACCAAACCAAACCGCACCCUCGCCAUCUCCGCCUUCGCCGAAAACGGAAUGCGACCACCCUUCUCGACACAACCCUUCCGCGCCGAAAUCUGCCGCGUAAUAAGCACAUACCUCCUUCCCUCCUCCCCCCACGAACUCAACCUCUCCUCGCGCGACCGCGCCACCCUCCUCGCAGCUCUAGAACGCACCACCCACCCCUCGGCCUUCAUCCGCGCCCGCGCCGCAAUCGACGACUCCCUCCGCAACCAAUCCCAUCCCAACUUCAUCCGCUGGGCCAUCGCUAACGGAAACCCCCCUCGCAUCUCCUUCGCGUGGUGGGGCGGCAUCGCCUUGCUAUUCCUCGGUACCCUGGUGGCGAUGCUUCUCACACUAUCCCGCGCACCAAGGGGAUACAGAAUCCUAGCUGCGAUACCAUGGGUGUUCGGGGCGUCGACGUUCGGUAUGGCAAGGGAGGGAUUGUGCGUUUGUCUGCAUGCGAUGCGAGCGCGACAGGUGCGGCCGUGGGAGUUAUUCGGGGACAGCGAGGCGGAGGUGGAGAUGGGGAAGGCGGAGUUGGAUGGGAUGAGUAUUACGACUAGUGGGUUGAGUGUUAUGAUGGGUGCGGGUGAAGCGCCGUGGGUGGGACGGUAUAAGAAGAGGGGGUUGUUGAGACGGGUGUUUGAGAGGCAGGUUAGGGUUGUGGAGCCGGCGGUGAGGGAGGUGCAGAAUACGUUGUUUGUGCAGGCGUUGUUGGUGGCGGUGCUGGGGACGGCGGUGGCGACGGGGGUGUUUGUGGCGAUGCCGAGUGGGAAUUUCUUUUGAGUGUUUUGUUGAUGGUGUUUGGUUGAUGGUUUGGUGUAUAUUGAGGGCGUGCUUGGUGUAUAAUGGGGAGUGAUUGGGUUUGAUAUUCUUUUUUGAUGUGCGUUUGUCUAUACCUUUCUUCUUCUCUAAUAGGGUUUGCUCGGAGUACAUACGAUUAUAACGAGCUAUGAUGAGGCGCCCUUAUGGCGGCCAAAUAUAUAUGAUAUUUAUGACAAGUUAAGGGUAUCAGAUGGAGAUGUGGCAAUGGCCUAUCUUCGAUGUGAUUAAGGAGAAGUCUAGAAAGGAAAGUCUAGUCGUUUUGAUAUUGAUACUAGCAAUUUAAGAUAAUAGCUUUCGUCUCCUC